CACCUAGAACAAGAGAAACAUGAACUAAGGAGGCGAUUUGAGAACAGAGAAGGAGAAUGGGAAGGAAGGGUGUCUGAACUGGAAAGCGACGUGAAGCAGCUGCAGGAUGAACUGGAGAGGCAACAGGUUCACCUGCGCGAAGCUGACCGCGAGAAGACACGGGCUGUCCAGGAACUCUCCGAACAGAACCAAAGACUCCUGGACCAGCUCAGCAGGGCAUCGGAGGUGGAGCGGCAGCUCUCCCUGCAGGUCCACACCCUCCGGGAGGACUUUCGGGAGAAGAACUCCUCCAGCAGCCAACACAUCGUGCGUCUUGAGAGCCUCCAGGCCGAGCAGGUCCUUGAAAUCAAAAUGCUGACGGACAGAAAGCGGGAGCUGGAGCAUCGCCUUAGUGCCAUGAUGGAGGAGAACGACCUGCUCCAGGGAACUGUGGAGGAGCUGCAGGACCGAGUCCUCAUCCUGGAGAAACAAAGCCAUGACAAGGACUUGCAGCUGCACCAAAGCCAGCUGGAGCUCCAAGAGGUGCGGCUGUCCUACCGGCAGCUGCAGGGGAAGGUAGAAGAGCUCAGUGAGGAGAGAAGUCUCCAAAAUUUCAACACAACCAGCACGUCCCUGCUGUCUGAGAUAGAGCAGAGCAUGGAGGCAGAGGAACUGGAACAAGAACGAGAACAGCUGAGGUUGCAGCUCUGGGAAGCAUAUUGCCAAGUGCGGUAUCUCUGCUCCCAUCUCAGAGGAAAUGACAGCGCAGACUCAGCAGUCUCUACAGACUCCUCCAUGGAUGAGUCUUCAGAAACCUCAUCAGCCAAAGACGUCCCAGCCGGCAGCCUACGGGCAGCUCUCAGUGAGCUGAAAAGACUGAUACAAAAUGGGCUGGAUGGGGCUGACUCCACGAGCUCUCGACGAAGUGACGACGACACCUUAGAGGAACAGAUCAGGCGAACAAGUGAGGAUUCACGAGCCCUGAGGGAAUUAAUGGAGGGAGAACGGGGGAAACUGAGGCAGAGUUUGGAGGAGCUGCAGCGACUGCACAGCCAGGUCACACUGCUGAGCGUAGAAAUGACGACGCUGAAGGAGGAACGGGACCGGCUGCGAGGUGCUGCUGAAGAUAAGGAAACAAAUGAACGGCUCCUGCAGGCCAUCAGGGACCGAGAUGAGGCCAUUGCCAAGAAGAACGCGGUGGAGGUGGAGCUGGCCAAGUGCAAGAUCGACAUGAUGUCCCUCAACAGCCAGCUGCUGGAUGCCAUCCAGCAGAAGGUGAACCUCUCGCAGCAGCUGGAGGCCUGGCAGGAUGACAUGCACAGGGUCAUUGACCAGCAGCUGAUGGACAAACACCCGAAGGAAUGGAGCCAGCUUGCUUAUUCCUUCUCCAGUGGCUACGGCGCAAAGCGGAGUGCCAGACCCUCCCCCGUGUUCAGGCCGGAGCAGCAGGGGGACGAGCCCGUUGGGGCAGAAGGGAACCGUCUCUUUUCCUUUUUCAAGAAAAAUUAA